UGUCAAAAAAAUUCGCAAAUAUUUGUUGGUUAGAUUUCACAAUGUUUUAAAACGUACAAAACAAAAAGAUGUGGCCCGUUAUUUUUACGGCGCUGAGAACGUACGCGCCCUACGUGACUCUGCCCUUUGCCGCUGUAGUCGGAAUAAUCGGCUACAACUUGGAGAAUUUGCUAUCCGACAAAUACACCCCUUACAACAAGUCCAUCGAGGAGCAAAGACAGGAGCGACUGUUAGGUGAUGGAAGUUUAGAGGAACCGGCAAACGUGGAGAAAUUGAUAUACAAAGCGAAUAUUUUAGACAAAAAUCUAUCGCCUUCUUUGUCUUGAUUGUUAGGAAAUUUGUACAUUUGUAGUUUUUAGGUUGUUUCGAAUUCGAUUAAAAAUGUAAAUAA